CCUCCUUCUCGCUGGACUUGAUAAUAUGGGCUAAGGCCCAAUAAUCAGACAUUCGAGGCCUUAAAAGUGGAUUGCUCUCCUCUAAGCCUUAGGCCCAAUUCAAAUUCUCAAACCUCUCCUAAAAUCUCUCAGGAGCCAAUGGAUCAACCCAGUAGGCUCAAUCGCAAUUUGGGUCUCUAUUUUAAAGUGACAUAGAUCCUAGCCAUUUCUGCGAUCCAAAGGCCUCAAAUACCAUCGGCGACAGAACUUCCCCCUGCCAUUGUUUUCCUACUACAUUUCAAUUCUAGAAUCAAAACCCAUUCGAUUGCUGCACCUUAUUUUACUGCGUGUCUUUCAAUUUCAAGUUGUUAGUUAAUUAAUUAGCGCGAAUCCACUGUGGAAACCCUAAAUUCCCAAAUUCUGUCCGCUCCCAAACCCCAUGGCCUCGAGAAAGAAGCAAUCCGAAGCCAUGGCUUUGCUGGUGUCCAAUUACAACGAUGAGGAAGAGGAUGAAGACAUGGAGGAUAUUGAACAAGACAAAGAAGAAGAAGAAGAAUACGAUGAAUAUCAAGAACGACGAGAACAGCGAGAAUAUGACGAUUACGGAGAGCUGAGAAGAGGCUCAGAAGAUUCUUCAAUGGUAGACAUGGAUAGAAUGGUAGCUGGUGAUUCUGGUAACGACGAUAGCGCACCGCCUAAUGCUGGCGAUAAUGAGAAUUUGACUCCGAAUGAAGGUCAAUUUCGUCAUUCAACGCCGCAACUACGACAGACGGUGCCGUCGGAUAGUUUAAAUAGAAGUAGAAGAGGGGCGCUUACGAUUGUGGACUAUGGGCAUGAUGAAGUUGCUAUGUCUCCUGAGCCUGAGGAGGGUGAAAUAGAAGGAAAUGGUCGUGUGAGGUUCGGUGCAGAUCUUUUAUCUGCUAAUGGUGAUUUCCACGAUAAGACACCUCCUGGAACAGUUCACAUCCUAACACCUCUCGAUCAAGCGACUCCUCAAUUAUCUGAACCAUCUCAAUCUGAUACAAUGCAUGAUGCUGCACUUGAAUCAGAGGGUAUAGAUGCUGAACAGGCUGUUGCAGAAGAGCAAAAAGAUGUUGAUCCGUUAGAUAAGUUUCUCCCACCACCAGCGAAAGCCAAGUGUUCAGAGGAGCUGCAAAGGAGGAUAAAUAAGUUUCUUGAAUUAAAGAGAUCUGGGAAAAGCUUCAAUGCAGGAUUGCGCAAUAAGAAGGACUAUAGAAACCCAGACUUUCUAUUGCAUGCAGUGAGGUAUCAAGAUAUUGAUCAGAUAGGGUCUUGCUUCAGUAAAGAUGUAUUUGACCCUCAUGGAUUUGACAAAAGCGACUACUAUGAUGAAAUAGAGGCUGAGAUGAGGCGUGAAAUGGAAAGGAAAGAUCAAGAAAGGAAGAGGAGUCAAAAGAUUGAAUAUGUUUCAGGAGGAACACAGCCUGGAAUAGUUGGUGCUGCACCUAAAAUUAACGUACCUGUUCCAGGUGUUUCGACCAUGGCUGCUUCUGGAUUGAACUCCUUGCCACCUGCUCCUGAUGUCAUGCCACGGGACGGUAGACAGAACAAGAAGUCAAAGUGGGAUAAGGUAGAUGGUGAUCGAAAGAAUCCUCUUCCCUCUGGAGUGCAGGAUUCUAUGUCCACUGUGGGGACUCAUGCAACACUCUUAUCUUCUGGUGCUGGAUACAUGGCUUUUGCGCAACAGAGACGGAGAGAGGUGGAGGAGAAACGAUCUAGUGAAAGGAAGUUAGACAGAAGAUCUUGACCCGUUUCUUGUAUUUCUUCCUAUCAGCAGGGACGGAGAGAAGUGCAGGCAGCAUAUAACACCAUUUCACCUUUAGGUCCAAUGUCAGGGGGCCUGUAUUUUUGUUAUGAAUACACAUCUUGUACAUGGUCGGAAUGAAAAUCCGCUUGAUGGCUGUUACAAUUUGAGGGAGGUCAAUGGCUCGAUCAAUUAAUUAAUCAAGUUUACCGAGUUAUCGAUUGAUCAAGGUCUUAAUUUUCCUUUGUGGGCCUGUUGAGAAAUUGAUGAGCUAUUCUUUGUGUGAAAUAAAAGAAAGGAUCCCAAAAACCAA